AAAUACAUAUACCAAAUGUGUUCACUAUUUAUAUUGAAUAAAGUAUUCUACUAAAACGACUUCCUGGAAAUUUAUCUAAAGAAAUGAAUAUAACAAUGGUUCAUUAUUACUUCUAAAAUUGUGUCAAUAGUGAAGUGUAAUAAUAAAAAUUGUUCUAAACAUAAUUAUACUUGUGAACCAGAACCAUGAGUAACAAAAAGAAAAAUUAUCUGGAUUUGUACCUGACAGAAAUACACAAUCGCUAUGUAUCAUUAAAAAAAGACCAUAAUGAAAAGGCACUAGAUGUUUUCAACAGUGUUUUUGCAAUAUUCAAGAAUUCUAUGAAGAAAUACUGUAAUUAUUUCAAUCAUUAUAGUACUGAGGAUAUGCUCAGUGGUAGCGUUUACGAUGGGACUAAGGUGUCGAAACUGGAUGAAUUUGACAUGGACAUCGUCAUACGAUUGCCCAUCAACUAUGAUGAGGGCGAGAACGGCAUCACAAUUGAAAACGAAGAGGCCGGUUACGUGAAACUAAAGAUCACCAAUGCUUUUGACAACCUGGCGAAACAGAGCAAUUGGGAGAACCGCCAUGUCGUCAUUCACUCGUGGCGGGACAACGAAGGUUAUCUCAGACAGGACAAGUUCCGAUCCUGGAUACAAGGCGUAGCCCAGAAAGCCAUGAACGAGUUCAAUGGCCAAGUUACUGUUAAUGGGGUGACAUAUUCGUUGGAGUCUUCGCAGUCCGGACCCGCAUACACAUUGAAAAUUGCCAGUUUACCGAACGAUCAGCCGUUCAAACUUGAUGUGGAUUUAGUGCCAUGCAUUAAAUUUGAUUUUUCCCGCUGGCCGGAAGGGUAUAGAAAGCCUGCCAUACAAGAGCGAUCAGAAGAAACAAAUACAAAUAAAGACAAGGUAAGACCAGACAAAACUUCCGAGCACUUUUGGUUAGCUGUUCCGAAACCAAACAAGGCCAUUGAGGACCCAGAACGCCAAAAUCGCUGCUGGCGUCUGUCGUUCCAGGAUUUUGAAAGGGACCUUAUGAGGGACUGCCAAAACCUUAAAACAACUAUGAAAUUGGUAAAGAAAAUGCGCGACACACUCAAACUGAAAACAAUCGUUAUGUUUUAUAUAAGAACGUUAUUUCUGUGGAAGGUUUCAGAAACAAAUAAGGAAUACUGGGACAAGAACCUUAGCGUUUUAUUUAAGGCGAUUGUUCAAAAGCUAUAUGAUGCUUUAUGUGAGAAGAAUAUUCCAUGUUUCUGGCAGGAACAACGCAACUUGAUUGAAAAUUUGAAAGAAAAUCAAAGACUGGAAUAUAUGGCGAAGAUAAAGGAUGUUCUCGACAAUAUAGAAGCAGGAGAAACAGAUAAAGUGUUGGCGUCAUUGCUAAAUCGCAGGGAGUUGUCAGACUUCAAGAAGUUGGACAUUUAUAAACCGCAGUCUACAGCUAGUGGUCACGAACAGGGAACAACAUCUGCUAAUGUUAAAGAAGAACUUGUGACGAAUGUGUACAAACAAAUGGACAAAUUACUGAAAAAUGUUAAUGGCCUUAGUGAAACGAUAAGUAAUAAAAAUUUUAAUAUUAACACAGCGAGCAGUUCAAGAAGAGCGCGAUCCAAUGUCUUCCAAAGAGACAGGUCAGAUACAAGUGAUGAUUCAGACUGUUCUACAAGAUCAGAAAGUGAUAACCAAAGUGGCUGUGUAAUACAGUGAUCUGUGAAUGUUAUAAUUAUUUAUGUAUUUAUUAAUUGUUGAAUUCUAUUAGUUUUUCUAAAUAAUAUCGUAAUAUGCAGAUCUGAAUAUAAUGCCCAUGCAUGAAUUACGUCACAAUUUAUUUUGAGGGGGAGAUGCCCUAAAUUUUGUGACGUCACAUUGCUUUAGCUUGUUAACGAGAUUACUCUUGCUUUAGUAUUUAGUGUAAAGCUAGCUGUUAGACACGAGUUUAGCAAGAACCACUGAUAAUAUAAUAUUACAUAGCAAGAACAAACAGGCAAACAAACAAAAAUUUUUUUGACAUAAGUACCGUUUGUAUUUAGUGAAAAGCUGUUAUUUGCAAUUUUAUCGAUUUUAUUUAUUUGUAUAGAUUAUAAAAUAUGUGUCGUCAGAAUAGGGAGGAAGGGGAGGUAGUCGUAAAUGUGAUCAGGGGACACAAGGGUGGGUAGGGGUUAAAAAAAAUUGUAACAUUUGACAUAAUUUAUAGAUAGUCCCAUAUCUCAAUGUAUCAGUUGAUUGUAAUAGAUUUUAUUAAUUAUUUGUAUUUCUUAAACCUGCAAGGAUUUACUGUAAAAAUAUAUUAUAGAUUAUUCAUAUACGUUUAUCAUUGUCCAUAACAAAGUACUGUAGUUCUAAUUAUGUACUUAUUUAAACAUAAUAAUGCUCUUUUGUAUAUUUUCUACGUCGGGAAUGUCUCAUAUGAGGUUGCGUACAAUUUAGACAGUGUUGUAAACUGUUUCUAGUUUUUCAAGCUAUAUUUCCAAAUAAAAAACGAAGUGUGAGAAUAUUUAUUAUAAUAUUUAAUUUUAUAUUGUGGACAUAUUGAUUUUAAACAGCUUU